GGCUCAGCCCCAGCGGCCGUCACCAUGACUUACAACUUCAAGCCUGGAGAUCUGAUCUUCGCCAAGAUGAAGGGCUACCCCCAUUGGCCUGCCAGAGUGGACGAGGUCCCCGAUGAUGUGGUAAAGCCCCCACAUAAUAAGCUGCUCAUUUUCUUCUUCGGUACCCACGAGACAGCCUUCCUGGCGCCCAAAGACAUCUUUCCUUACUCUGAGAACAAGGCCAAGUACGGCAAACCCAACAAGAGACGGGGCUUUAACGAAGGCCUGUGGGAGAUUGAUCAUAACCCCCGGGUGAAGCCCUUCAAGAAGCGGCCUGUUGCCUACACUGAGAUGGAAGGUGGAAAAAAGGAGGGGUCCUCUUCCAAGGGAGAUGGAGAGGGGAAACCGAGAUAUGGCGGUAUACCCCCCAAGUCUGCUGCUGCAGCCUCUGCAUCUUCCUCAGCCACUGCAUCCACUGCAGGUGCUCCCAGAGGGAGAAAGAGAAAAGCCGAGAAGCCCAUGGAAGCUGAGGAGAUAGAGGGUGCCAAGGCCACCACAUCCACCACCACCAUGACUCCCCAGGUGAGUCCCAAAAAGGGGAAACCAUGGCCACCUCCCUCCCCUACCCCUGCUGCAGUUAGGAUGAACAAUCCUAAAGGGAAGGCUAAGAUGUACAAGCUGACCAAUCCCGGAGAGGGGGAAGGGGCUCCCGAGGAGGAUAAGAGCAAGAAAAAGGGGCAGGAAGAAAAACCACCCAAAAAGCAGCUGAGAAAGGAGGAGGAGAGUGAGAAGGAGGAAGAUAAGCCCAAAAAAGAUCCUGGCAAAAAAGAAAUGAAGAAAGAAGUUGACCCAAAAAGAAAACUUGUGAAAGCAAGUAUGGCGGCUGGCGUCAUCGCUUCCGACUCUGAGGAGGAGGGGGAAGAACAAGAAGGUGAAAGGAAAAGAAGAUUAUCUCGGAACUUUGAAGUUGUACACAGAAAGGGCGCGUUAAAGGGCCAGUUUGAGAAAGAAGAAGAAGCGGAGGCGGAACCCCAAACCGCUUGUAACCUUCAGUAAAAAAAAUUUUGAAAAAAGAAGAAAAAACCAUCUUUGGGGCUCAAAACAAAGUAAAUACAAGUGAAGCACCCAAGAGAUGACCAUCCUGUGACACCCAGAGGCCUGUUUUUCCCACCCCAGUGAAAAAGUCUUGUUCCUGUGUUGAAAAGUUUUUGAGGACUUUAGUGUUUAUCUUUUUUUGUUUUGACUGUUAAAUAAGUUCUUCUGAGGCACAUUCUACCUUUCCUGCAGGUGUUUCUUUACUUAGCUUCAAAAAGGGACUGUUUGGUGAAAGCAGCAAUCUUUGAGUUCAGAAGAUGGUUCUACAUCAAGAAUUGGGGACUUUAAAAGGUGACUUUUUAAGCUAGGUACUGAACUGGAAUUGCCAUCUACUGCACCCCUGAAAAGGGGCAAAGUUGUGCCCUUUCUUUGGUGUUUCUUUGCGCUUUAAUCGUUUACUGUUUUUGUGGCUGUACUUUUUGUUUACACAAAUCCUUGACUUUUCUAAAUGAUAUUUGGUACUAUUUUAAAAACAGGUUGCAAUUGGCAUUAACUUAGUACUUCUAGUACAGCUAAAUUAAAGUGGUAGAGA